CGUACCCUCAAAACGGCUACCGCGACGCAGAGACGAUGAGCAUGUAUUCUCGCGAUGACCACGGCUCGGUCAACUCGUACAAUCCAUCCGGAGAUUACCACUCGUACGCGUAUUCUCCUAGUGACUAUAGUCAGGCUGGCUGGCAGGGGCAGCAAGGAAGCUAUGGUACUGUUCAGUCCGGCGAAUACGACCCGUUUUACUCUGCUGCAUCUGACGUCCUGGGUAUGGCUCCUCCACCACCUGCGCCGAUGGCUCCCAUAGCUGGACCCUACGCCCAGAGUCAAGCGUCGUUGGUUUCAAGUCACUCAGCGCCGUAUCCUGGUCCGCGCACUCAGAGCAUAUAUUCCCAAGAUAGCGGACAUUCUGGCGACGCUGCCAAUGUAUCUGCUCCUUCUGUUUUGGACAGUGGGGAUGAUAGUGACCCCAGUCUUCGUCCGCAGUUGCGGAGAUCCGGUACUACAGCAUCUGUAACGUUGCGCACCCAGAAGACCAAAGCCGUGGACCUAAGCGCACCUCCCUACACUAAGGCGUACAUCGACGAGUAUCGUCAACGGAUCAAGGCUGAUCCCGAUCCUGACGCCCACUUCCAAUAUGCCAAGUAUCUCAUCGAUGCCGCUAAGAAGAUCGGCGCGGAUGCUAAGGACCAGCGUGCGGUACGGAAGUAUCGCGACACGCUUGUCACUGAAGCACUCAAGGUCAUCCGGCGACUCGCUACUCAAGGCCAGCCGCACGAGGAAGCGCAAUUCUUCUUGGCAAAUUGCUACGGCACUGGUGCACUGGGUCUCCAGGUGGAUCAUGAGAAGGCUUACCACUUGUACUUACAGGCUGCGAAGCAGAACCAUGCAGCGGCCGCGUAUAGGGUUGCGGUUUGCAACGAGAUCGCUGUUGGAACGAGGAAGGAGCCAGCGCGAGCCAUCGCGUUCUAUCGCAAGGCUGCCUCGCUGGGCGAUACCGCCGCUAUGUACAAGCUCGGAAUGAUCUUGCUGCAAGGCACGCUGGGUGAGGCGAAGAAUCCUCGAGAAGCGGUUGGCUGGCUGAAGAGGGCUGCGGAACAGGCCGACGAGGAGAAUCCCCACGCCCUUCAUGAGCUGGCGUUACUCCAUGAGAUGCCUAAUAAUGGGCUCGUCCCGUACGACCCGGCGUAUGCCAAGCGGCUUCUGACUCAGGCGGCCCAGCUAGGAUACACGCAGUCGCAAUGCAAGCUGGGUCACUGCUACGAGGUGGGGGCUCUUACAUGCCCGGUGGAUCCGAAGCGGUCCAUUGCCUGGUAUACCAAAGCUGCGGAGAAGGGAAGCGCAGAGGCCGAGCUGGCAUUGAGUGGAUGGUAUCUUACGGGCUGUGAGGGCGUCCUGAAGCAGAGCGACUCUGAAGCGUACCUGUGGGCGAGGCGAGCGGCGAACAAGGGACUCAGCAAGGCGGAAUAUGCGGUCGGGUACUAUGCGGAGGUAGGCAUAGGUGUGAAGCAGGACAUUGAAUUCGCAAAACGAUGGUAUAUGCGUGCCGCAGCGCAAGGUAAUAAGCGAGCAAUGAAUCGAUUAACGGAGAUGAAGAGAACUGGCAAUAAGAGGAUGAAUAUUGCACGCCCAACGCGGCAACAGGCGAAGGAUGAGUGUAUUAUUAGCUGAAUUUACAUUAUUGGUUGCAUCUGGUCAUGGUUAGUACUUCCAGCUGUUUGCAGAAUGAUGGAGCCAGUUCGGAUUUCUCCCUGUGGAGCCUACUAGUACUCCAAGUCAAUCAAUCUGAAAGGAUAAGUGUGCUCGGC